CAAAGUCGAUAUUACAAAAAGCAAACUACAGUCAAUCUGGGUACCAGAUAAUAUUAAAAUUAAAUUGCAAAGUGAAAAAGCUAGUCAUUCCAUCACCAUUGUGGGACCAUAUUUUGUCAAUAAUUUGCAAAUGUGUGCAAAAUACUGGAAAAGUGUUACAAUACUCAGCAACAAUGUUGAUCCUACUGAUGAAGGUAAUCUAGUGCAAUACUGCAGUAAACCUAAUUUAGAAGGAAUAUGUCUGCAAUCAAUACCGGAUGAACGAAAAAAUGGCGUGGAUACACAUAUGGUGUAUGAGGGGAAGUUUUUCCGAAAAUGCAAGUAUGAUAUUGCUUCAAUACUUGUACCACAACCAAUUGAAUUACUGCUCUGUUUUGGAGAAUCUAAAAGCAGACGCCUCUUAGGGUAUGGAGUUGAAGAAAAUUUAAAGAAUAUUCAAGGUGGAUUUUUCUCACAUUUUAAGACAAGAGCUGUGUUAUUUAAGACAAAGCUUAAAAAUUCAGAGGUUCCAAUGUCGUGCCAGAUAUCAACAGAGUUGCAGCAGCAUGAAGAAAAUUUAGCAAAAGAAGUAGAAGAAAAUAAAAUAGACGAAGUAGGCAAAGACGAUCAUGAAACGGAAGAAGAAGUAAAAGAACGGUUGCCUGAUGAAAAUAGUAAUGAUGGAGAAAUAGAUGACGAUAGUGACAAUGAUGGCAAACAAGUUGCGAACGACAGCAUAAAACCUAAAUUGGGAAUGAAGUCUGUAACUGAAUGAAACCUGAAACAUUAAUUUAGGGAAGAAAAUAAAUAGAAUAGUAGUUCAAAAACGCUUCAGCCACGAAACUUGUUUAUAGUCUCAGAAAGUGGCUGCAAAACUAUUCCACUUUAUUAUUAUGUUCAUUAAACCUUUGAUUCUUUUAAAAUAUUAUUCAUUUAUUUAAAAUAUUAUUCAU